AUGCAAGCCAACUGCAUGAUUGGGGUGAGCGUCAUCGUCCUUAUAAUCUUUAUGGCUUUAUUCGGUGUGGUCAUCCACUACUACUUCGCUCGGACCAUGCAGACCCGUCGCUUCUGGAGAAAACAAGAAUUAAGACAGUGGUCGACAACUGGAACACAGGAAACCCGAUCGGCGUUUUCGACCCAAGAAUCAUCGGAACAAUGGAGUCAAGAAUCCCGAUCGCCGAGCUCGACCCAAUCGCAGUCAACUCGAGCUUCAUCUCAAAGGAGUGAUAGGAGACAUCGAACGCAUCAGGGGAGGUCUGACGGGUUUCGCAGACUCUCGGAUAUUGCAGAAGAAUGGCCAAGGGGUGAAUAUCAAGGAGCGUUGACAGAAGCUACCUCACAAAGAACAGCGGAGUCUCUCUCACAACUGGGACAAGAAACACCAGCUUCUCACGGAUGCAACCAGACCUGCCAUGGACAUUCCCCCAGACCUGGUGAACAUCAGGUUGGGCUUGGUAUUGCUCAUGGAAAUGAGUGUUUCGCAUAG